AUGGGAUUGCAGGAGGAGGAAAGAGUGCGUUGCUCGAAGUGGAGCACAGACACUAACCUGCCUCUGUCUCUAGAUGGAGAUGUGGUCAUUGGUGGAUCUUUUAGUGUCCAUUACCAAAUCCCAGUUAUUGAUUAUAACUAUAUACAAGUACCACAUUACAAACCUUGCACUAAGUUAGACAAAAUUUCAUUUCAGUAUGUGUAUGCAAUGAUCUACGCUGUGGAGGAAAUUAACCGCAGUAAAAGGCUCCUGCCAGGUGUAAAAGUGGGCUAUCAAAUUUUGGACGAUUGUGGAAGACCCCCUUGGGCUCUUCAAGCUGUUUUGUCUUUAGUUGGGGGAGAUGUGAAGAGCUGCACAUCUGUGGACAAAUCUGCUACUUCCAGUCUUAUUCCAAUUAUAAUUGGAGGUCCAUCAUCAUCAACGAGUAUAGCUCUGUCAACAGUCUUGGGGCCAUUGUCAGUGCCAAUGAUCAGCUACUUUGCAACUUGUCCCUGCCUCAGUGACAAGCAGCAGUAUCCUAACUUCUUCAGGACAAUCCCGAGUGACAUCUAUCAAGCCCGGGCCCUGGCACAACUGGCUAUACACUUCCAGUGGACAUGGAUUGGAGCAGUGGUGUCCAAUACGGAUUAUGGAAUUGGUGCAGUAAAGAUAUUUCAGGAAGAAACUGUGGGGUCUGUGUGUUUGGCUUUUGUGAAAACUCUCAGAAGAGAAAACAUAAUCUCUGAUGCUAGAGAAGCUGCUCUUACUAUCAAGGCCUCAGCUGCUAAAGUCAUUAUGAUCUUUACUUACUACACAGACGUCAGAGAGCUAUUUGUGCAACUAAACAGAAUAAAUGUGACGGACAGACAGUAUCUGGCCAGUGAGGCCUGGAGCACGAGUAGUGAUCUACUCCGACAUCCUGCCACUUCAAGAGUAGCUCAAGGUGUUUUUGGUGUGGCCAUUCGAAGUUCUAAUAUCAAGGGAUUUGAAAAUUAUGUAAAAAGUUUACACCCUUCACAUCCAAAAAAUAAGCUCUUAAGAGAAUACUGGGAAACAGAGUUUGGCUGUACUCCUCUGUCUUCUCUCUCCUCUCCUCUUCCUCCCUGUAAUGGGACAGAGUCCCUGUAUGGGGUGCGGAGUCCCUUCACCGAUAUGUCCCAAUUAAGGGUCACAUAUAAUGUUUAUCUGGCAGUUUAUGCAGCAGCUCAUGCCAUUCACAGCCUUUUAUCCUGCCCCAACAUUGAGGCCUCUGCUGCCACGUCAAACUGCUCCUCUCCUCAGAGUGUCACACCUGCACAGCUUCUUGAGCAUCUGCGGACAGUCAAUUUCACCACACCUCAGGGUGAGAAGUUUUAUUUUCAAGGAGGUGAUAUUCCAGCGAAAUAUGAUGUGAUCAACUGGCAGAAGACUCCUGAAGGGUCACUCAGACUGGUUCUAAUCGGACAAGUGGAUGGCUUUGACAUUGUUCUGAAUGAAACAGCAAUUCAGUGGAGCACAGGAACAAAUGAGGUCCCUACUUCAGUCUGCAGUAUGAGCUGCCCUCCAGGGACAAGGAAGGCUGUGAGAAAAGGAGAGCCACCCUGCUGCUUUGACUGUAUCCCCUGUGCAAGUGGUGAAAUGAGUAACGAAACAAAUUCUAUGAAAUGUCACAGGUGUCCACCUAAAUACUGGUCAAACGCAUAUAAAACCUCCUGCAUCCCUCGACAGCUGGACUUCCUCUCCUUUAAUGAAACUCUGGGCAUCACUCUAACCACAGUGGCUGUGUCUGGAGCUGUAGUGACCACUGCAGUCUUUGUGGUGUUCCUUUACUACCGACAAACACCUAUGGUUCGAGCCAACAACUCGGAGCUGAGCUUCCUACUUCUGGUGUCUCUGAAACUGUGCUUCUUGUGCUCUCUGGUGUUCAUUGGUCGGCCAUCGGUCUGGUCGUGUCGCUUCCAGCAGGCCGCCUUCGGCAUCAGUUUUGUGCUCUCUGUCUCGUGUCUCCAAGUCAAAACUAUGGUGGUUCUAGCAGCUUUCCGCUCGGCUCGACCUGGUGCUGAGAUGUUUGUUAAAUGGUUUGGUCCAAGAAAACAGAGGGGGAGUGUGUGCCUGCUCACCUGUAUACAGAUCCUCAUCUGUAUUGUGUGGCUGAGUGUCAGUCCUCCAGAGCCUCAUGUGGACCUGGGUGUGCAGGGGUCAAAGGUCACUCUGGAGUGUGCCAUGGCGUCUGUGCUGGGCUUCUCUCUGAUCCUGGGAUACAUUGGGCUGCUGGCCUGCACAUGCCUCCUCUUGGCUUUUCUGGCUCGUAAACUCCCAGACAACUUCAAUGAGGCCAAACUCAUCACUUUCAGCAUGUUGAUCUUCUGCGCUGUUUGGGUGGCUUUUGUUCCUGCCUAUGUCAGUUCUCCUGGAAAAUACUCUGUAGCUGUAGAAAUAUUUGCUAUUUUAGCCUCUAGUUAUGGCCUAUUGCUUUGCAUUUUUGCACCAAAAUGUUUCAUAAUACUUUUGAGACCUGAGAAGAACACUAAGAAAUAUGUAAUGAGGAGAUAA